CCUGCGCGGGACCGGCGGGGCGAGUGGGUCCCUGCUCACGAUCCCGCUCCGCCGCAGAAGUGUCUGCGCCUGGACCCGACCGCACCCGUGUGGGCCGCCAAGCAGCGCGUGCUCUGCGCCCUCAACCACAGCCUGCAGGACGCGCUCAACUACGGGCUCUUCCAGCCGCCCUCCAGGGGACGUGCCGGCAAGUUCCUGGAUGAGGAACGGCUCCUGCAAGAGUACCCUCCCAACCUGGACACGCCCCUGCCCUACCUGGAGUUUCGAUACAAGCGGCGUGUUUAUGCCCAGAACCUCAUUGAUGACAAGCAGUUUGCAAAGCUGCACACAAAGGCAAACCUGAAGAAAUUCAUGGACUAUGUCCAGCUGCACAGCACAGACAAGGUGGCCCGUCUUCUGGACAAGGGGCUAGACCCCAAUUUCCAUGACCCUGAUUCAGGAGAGUGCCCUCUGAGCCUUGCGGCCCAGUUAGACAAUGCCACGGACCUGCUGAAGGUGCUGAGGAAUGGUGGUGCUCACCUGGACUUCCGCACUCGAGAUGGGCUAACUGCCGUGCACUGUGCCACCCGGCAGCGGAAUGCAGGGGCAUUGACGACCCUGUUGGACCUGGGUGCUUCACCUGACUACAAAGAUAGCCGCGGCCUGACACCCCUGUACCACAGUGCCCUGGGUGGCGGGGAUGCCCUCUGCUGUGAGCUGCUUCUCCAUGACCAUGCGCAGCUGGGGACCACGGAUGAGAAUGGCUGGCAGGAGAUCCACCAGGCCUGUCGCUUCGGGCACGUGCAACACCUGGAGCACCUGCUAUUCUACGGAGCCAACAUGGGUGCCCAGAAUGCCUCGGGAAACACAGCACUGCAUAUCUGUGCUCUCUACAACCAGGAGAGUUGUGCUCGGGUCCUGCUCUUCCGAGGAGCCAACAAGGAUGUUCGCAAUUACAACAGCCAGACGGCCUUCCAGGUGGCCAUCAUUGCAGGGAACUUUGAGCUGGCAGAGGUCAUCAAGACUCACAAAGACUCCGAUGUUGUGCCAUUCAGGGAAACCCCCAGCUAUGCGAAACGGCGGAGACUGGCUGGCCCCAGUGGCUUGGCAUCCCCUCGGCCUCUGCAGCGCUCAGCCAGCGACAUCAACCUGAAGGGCGAGGCACAGCCGGCAGCCUCUCCUGGGCCCUCUCUGCGAAGCCUCCCCCACCAGCUGCUGCUCCAGCGGCUGCAGGAGGAGAAAGACCGCGAUCGUGAUGGUGACCAGGAGAAUGACGCCGGUGGCCCUUCAAGCAGGGGCAGCCAGAGCAAGAUCAGGUGCUGGGAGGCCACUGUCCUGCAGCUCCCUACUACUCUCACCUCCUGUCUGGCUUCUGUCUCUCCAGUGCUCAGCAUCGGGGAAGGCGGCUUCUGGGAGGGGACCGUGAAGGGUCGCACAGGCUGGUUCCCAGCUGACUGUGUGGAGGAGGUGCAGAUGCGACAGUAUGACACGAGGCGUGAAACCCGGGAGGACCGGACGAAGCGGCUUUUCCGCCACUACACGGUGGGCUCCUAUGACAGCCUCACUUCACACAGUGACUACGUCAUUGAUGACAAGGUGGCUGUCCUACAGAAACGGGAACACGAGGGCUUUGGCUUCGUGCUCCGGGGGGCCAAAGCAGAGACCCCCAUCGAGGAGUUCACACCCACGCCGGCCUUCCCUGCGCUCCAGUACCUGGAGUCGGUGGAUGUGGAGGGUGUGGCCUGGAGGGCGGGACUGCGCACGGGAGACUUCCUCAUCGAGGUGAACGGGGUGAAUGUGGUGAAGGUUGGACACAAGCAGGUGGUGGCCCUGAUCCGCCAGGGUGGCAACCGCCUGGUGAUGAAGGUCGUGUCUGUGACCAGGAAGCCAGAGGAGGACGGGGCUCGGCGCAGAGCCCCACCCCCCCCAAAGAGGGCUCCCAGCACCACACUGACCCUGCGCUCCAAGUCCAUGACUGCCGAACUCGAGGAACUCGCCUCCAUUCGGAGAAGAAAAGGGGAGAAGCUGGAUGAGAUCCUGGCAGCUGCGGCAGAGCCGGCACUGAGGCCAGACAUUGCAGACGCCGACUCCAGAGCCGCCACGGUCAAGCAACGGCCCACCAGCCGGAGGAUCACCCCUGCUGAGAUCAGUUCAUUGUUUGAGCGCCAGGGCCUCCCAGGCCCAGAGAAGCUGCCGGGCUCUCUGCGGAAGGGGAUUCCACGGACCAAGUCUGUAGGGGAGGAUGAGAAGCUGGCGUCCCUACUGGAAGGGCGCUUCCCUAGGAGCACAUCGAUGCAGGACUCUGGGCGUGAGGGGCGCGGCAUCCCGCCCCCGCCACAGACCGCGCCUCCGCCCCCGCCAGCACCCUACUACUUCGACUCGGGGCCGCCCCCUGCCUUCUCACCACCACCCCCGCCGGGCAGAGCCUAUGACACGGUACGCUCCAGCUUCAAGCCAGGCCUGGAGGCACGCCUGGGGGCGGGGACAGCCGGCCUCUACGAGCCCGGCGCGCCCCUGGGCCCACUGCCCUAUCCCGAGCGGCAGAAGCGCGCGCGCUCCAUGAUCAUCCUGCAGGACUCGGCGCCGGAAGCAGGCGACAUCCCCCGGCCCGGGCCCGCAGGCACACCGCCUGAGCGCCCGAAGCGCAGGCCUCGGCCACCCGGCCCCGACAGCCCCUACGCCAACCUGGGCGCCUUCAGCGCCAGCCUCUUCGCGCCGUCCAAGCCACAGCGCCGCAAGAGCCCGCUGGUGAAGCAGCUGCAGGUGGAGGAUGCACAGGAGCGAGCGGCCCUGGCUGUGGGCAGUCCUGGCCCAGGCGGAGGCAGCUUCGCCAGGGAGCCGUCCCCGACGCACCGCGGCCCCCGGCAGGGCGGCCUCGACUAUGGCUCGGGGGACAGCCUGGGACUGGCGUUUGGGGGCCCAGGCCCCGGUGCGGGCCCUGGCAAGGAGCGACGGCUUGAGGAACGGCGUCGCUCCACGGUGUUCCUGUCAGUGGGUGCCAUCGAGGGCAGCCCCCCCAGUGCUGACUUGCCAUCUUUGCAGCCCUCACGCUCCAUAGAUGAGCGCCUCCUGGGGACCGGCGCCACCACCACCGGCCGCGACCUGCUGCUCCCUUCCCCAGUCUCUGCUCUGAAGCCAUUGGUCAGUGGUCCCAGCCUUGGGCCCUCGGGCUCCACCUUCAUCCACCCACUCACUGGCAAACCCUUGGACCCUAGCUCACCCUUGGCCCUGGCUCUGGCUGCCCGAGAACGAGCUCUGGCCUCACAGGCACCCUCCCGGUCCCCCACGCCCCUGCACAGCCCUGAUGCAGAACGCCCUGGACCCCUGUUUGUGGAUGUGCAGGCCCGGGAUUCAGAGCGAGGGCCCUUGGCCUCUCCAGCUUUUUCCCCGAGGAGCCCAGCCUGGAUUCCUGUACCUGCCCGGAGGGAGGUAGAGAAGGCCCCUAGGGAGGAGCGUAAGUCACCCGAGGACAAGAAGUCCAUGAUCCUCAGCGUCUUGGAUACUUCACUGCAGCGGCCAGCUGGCCUCAUUGUUGUGCAUGCCACCAGCAAUGGGCAGGAGCCCAGCAGGUUGGGAGCUGAAGAGGAGCGCCCGGGCACCCCAGAGCUGGCCCCGGCUCCCAUGCAGACUGCAUCAGUGACAGAGCCCCUGCCUAGCCCCCGGGCCCAGCCCCCAGGCAGCACCCCAACAGACCCUGGACCAGGCCAGGGCAGCUCAGAAGAGGAGCCAGAGCUGGUGUUUGCUGUGAACCUGCCGCCUGCUCAGCUGUCCUCCAGUGAUGAGGAGACCCGGGAGGAGUUGGCCCGCAUUGGGCUGGUGCCACCCCCUGAAGAGUUUGCCAAUGGAAUCCUGCUGGCCACCCCACCCCCUGGCCCGGGCCCAUUGCCCACCACGGUGCCCAGCCCGGCCUCAGGGAAGCCCAGCAGUGAGCCACCCCCUGCCCCUGAGUCUGCAGCCGACUCUGGCGUGGAGGAGGCUGACACUCGAAGUUCCAGUGACCCCCACCUGGAGACCACAAGCACCAUCUCCACAGUGUCCAGCAUGUCCACCCUGAGCUCAGAGAGCGGGGAACUCACCGACACCCACACCUCCUUCGCUGAUGGACAUACUUUUCUACUCGAGAAGCCACCAGUGCCUCCCAAGCCCAAGCUCAAGUCCCCGCUGGGGAAGGGGCCGGUGACCUUCAGGGACCCGCUGCUGAAGCAGUCCUCGGACAGCGAGCUUAUGGCCCAGCAGCACCACGCCGCCUCUGCCGGGCUGGCCUCUGCCGCCGGGCCCGCCCGCCCUCGCUACCUCUUCCAGAGAAGGUCCAAGCUGUGGGGGGACCCCGUGGAGAGCCGGGGCCUCCCGGGGCCUGAAGACGACAAACCAACUGUGAUCAGCGAGCUCAGCUCCCGCCUGCAACAGCUGAACAAAGACACGCGCUCCCUGGGGGAGGAGCCAGCUGGUGGCCUGGGCGGCCUGCUGGACCCCACCAAGAAGUCACCCAUCGCAGCAGCUCGCUGCGCGUCACCCCAGGCAGGCCUCCUGCUCUUCAGCAGCCUCGGUGAGCUGAGCACCAUCUCAGCGCAGCGCAGCCCCGGGGGCCCGGGCAGCGGGGCCAGCGGGGCCUCCUACUCUGUUCGGCCCAGCGGCCGCUACCCCGUGGCGCGACGCGCCCCGAGCCCAGUGAAGCCCGCGUCGCUGGAGCGGGGAGGCGCGGGAGGCGCGGGGCGGCCCUUCGGCCUCACGCCUCCCACCAUCCUCAAGUCGUCCAGCCUCUCCAUUCCGCACGAGCCCAAGGAGGUGCGCUUCGUGGUGCGCAGCGUGAGUGCGCGCAGCCGCUCCCCUUCGCCGUCACCGCUGCCCUCGCCUGCGCCUGGCCCCGGCCCCGGCGCCCCCGGCCCGCGUCGGCCCUUCCAGCAGAAGCCGCUGCAGCUCUGGAGCAAGUUUGAUGUGGGCGACUGGCUGGAGAGCAUUCACCUAGGCGAACACCGCGACCGCUUCGAGGACCACGAGAUCGAGGGCGCGCACCUGCCCGCACUCACCAAGGACGACUUCGUGGAGCUGGGCGUCACGCGCGUGGGCCACCGCAUGAACAUCGAACGCGCGCUCAGGCAGCUGGAAGGCAGCUGACGCCCUACCCCCAACUCCCUGUUCCAGCUGCGCCCUGCGGGCAGGGCUCCCCACCCCACCCCAACCCCGGGCCGCGGGCUCGGCCUGCCCCCUACGACGGCGCCCGGGCCAGGAAUGUUGCAUGAAUCGUCCCGUUUGCUGUUGCUCGGAGACUUGCCCUGUACAUUGCUUAGUGCCCUCCCCUGCCCUGCUGCCGAGCCCCCCCAGCACACAGAAAGGGCACGGACCAGGGAGGCUGGGGCGGGAGUUGGUUGGGGGUGGGGUGCUCUGGCCUGACCACCACCUUCACAGCUCCGGGUGGCCAUUCUCCCAGAGGGGGAAACUAGUCCAGCAUGCGAGGUCAGGACACGCCUUGGUGACUCGGGGGGAGGGGGGAGACAUUGGGGUUCUAGAUGGGGGCCAAGGAGCCCCCUGUUUUGCAUAUUUUAAUCCACUCUAUAUUUGGAACGAGAAAAGGAACAAAUAUCUCUGUCCGUAAUAGUUCCCGCCCCCUUUUCCCCUAUCCCUCCCGCUGGUCCCACUGCAGCUGCCCAGUCUUCCAUCUCCGGCCCCUCACUGCCACCCCAUACGGGGCAGGGGACACUCCAGCUGGUCUGGGGUUGGCCAGGGUCCUGGCGGCCCACCCUGGGGCCCCAGCUCGGCUCCCUUCCCUGGCUGAGCUAUAGUGUGCCCCAC